CCAAGUAGACGCGCAUUAUAAUUUGAAGCUCGCCCGGAACCGCAGAUGUCGUGACCUGACCACCAGUAAUACUCUCGCUCUCUACUACCAUGAUUCGACAUUAUUCUUCUCUCAAAUUCAAAGGGAAUUUGGCGUAUCCUUGGCUUAUUUAUGGAGCGUGUUUUCAAUGCGUGUUUUGCUCUUGUAAUCCCAGAUUAACUCUGAAACAAGAUAAUGCUCCAUUGAAUUACAACACCAACUACAGUCAUACAGUUUUGUUCCAUGAAGAAGGAUCGAAAAGUUUAUUUGUGGGAGGAUCAAACAUUGUUCUGCACUUUGAUGUAGACAGUUACGAGAUUUUGGAGAAUUUUACUCUAAAUGCAAACUUGCCAAGAUGUGGUGAGAGCUCUUGUGAAAAUGUAGUCACAGUAAUUGAGACUUUUCAAAACUGCAAAUUUGUAUGUGGGACAAAUGGAGAAGAGCCACAGUGCUGGGAACUGUAUCCAAGAGAAAGCAAUCAUUCUGUUGUUAAGUCUGUAGAAGGCACAGGGAUCUCGCCACAUUCUAGUGAACAAAACUCCUUGUCUCUUGUAGCAGAUGGAGAUCUAUAUGCAGCAGCUCCUCUAUACAGUGAUGGAACACUUCUGCAGUUCCGUAGAAAAGCUGGAAAGCGAAUCAACGUAUGGAUGCAUGAUCAGUGGGUCUCAGAACCUACUUUUAUCUCCAGUUUCCUGGCCAAGCGCAAAAAUGACUCCUUGAAUGAGAAGAUAUAUGUCCUAUUCCGAGAAAAAAACUCAGACACUAGUCCAGAGGCGGAUCCUUGGAUAUCUAGAGUUGCCAGAGUGUGUAAGAUUGAUGAGGGCGGUUCCAAACAGUUCCUCCAAAACAUAUGGACCUCUUUCCUGAAGGCACGACUUGUUUGUGGGAUACCAAAGGAGUCACUGUAUUUUAACCGCCUGCAAGAUGUUUUUGUCCAGCAUGCUGAGGACUGGAGGGAUUCACUAGUUUAUGCACUCUUCUCCAGUAGCUGGAACUCUACCGCUGUCUGCAUUUACUCUUUAGCAGAUCUUGAUGACAUAUUUGAGAAAUCAAACUAUAAAGGUUUUUCUGAGGCCAUUCCCAACCCAAGACCAGGAAAAUGUGUGGAAAACAGCAAUUCCCUUCCAAUUCCUACUCUCAAAAUUAUUAAAGACUAUCCAGAGAUGAAGGACUGGAUACAUCCCAUUCAAAAAGACACACCUUUCUUCACAAGUAGCAAGAAUUUUACCAAGAUAGUUGUUGAUCAAAUUCGAGCUUUGGAUGAAAAUGUAUACAAUGUGCUGCUGCUUGCGACAGACGAUGGGAUGAUCUUCAAAAUCCUACAGCAUGGCUCUAAACCUUUCAUCAUUUCUGAAACGCAUUUGUGCAAUGGCUGUGCACCCAUUCAAUCAAUGAAACUUGACUCUAAAAAGCGGAAGCUCUUUGUUGGAUAUCCUGGUCAAAUGUCGGUGUUAGAACUACAGAGAUGCCAAGACUAUGGUGCUUCUUGUGAAGAAUGCGUUCUUUCUCGUGAUCCAUACUGCGCAUGGUCUGAAAAAGGCUGCACGUCACAAACUAGAGGAGGAAUACAAAACAUUUCUGAUGGCAAUGUCACUAAAGUAUGUGACCACAAAUCAGUGGGAAGAGUUAGACGAGACGCUCAACAGUCAUCUACUGCUCCCUCAAGGAUUCAACACACUGUGGCCACUGAUGUCCCCUUCUACUUAUCUUGUCCGGUCGAUUCACAUCAUGCCAGUUAUAGAUGGGAACACGGGGGCAAAAGCAACCCAUGUCAACAGACCCAAUCGGAAUACCUCCUCCUAAUCCCAGCUAUGACGGCUGAGAAUUAUGGCAAUUACAGUUGUGUUUCCCAGGAACGUGAUUACAUCAAAGUUGUGAGAGAAUAUGAACUCCUUGCUAAGUCUGUUUUUAAUGAUGCUUUCAAGCUGAAAAUACAAGACCGGCAGCUAAUGGUAGCAUUUGUCACGAGUGCCUUCUAUCUGUGCUCACUUUAAGGUCAAGCUUGUUAUGUAAGUGCUUCUGUCUUUAGGCAUUUCUGACGACAUUUAAGCUGAUUAAAACAUCAGUCACGUUGUCAAGAGGCUAGUGGUUCGUGGGCAAAGAUAAUUGUCUUACAAAGUCAGCACUGAAGUGCACAUCCUAGAAGAUAACUUCCCAUUAUAUGUUAACCAUCUAUUUAGUAUGUGCUGAAUUGGUACAGUGGAGUACCAAAGUCUAAAACUCUUUGGAAUCUGAAAAUACAGUAUUUAGCAUUGACAGCGUUUUUUACAUGCUGCACAGAUAUUAUGUUUGGAGAUUCCCUGUAAAUAUUACUAACAAUUAGAAUAGUAAUACAUUUAAUUGGUAAUGUGUUUUUUUUAUAACAGCAAAAAAAAAAAAAAAUAAUAAUAAUAAUAAUUUUUAAAAAAUCAAGUAAAAACAACCCUGAAAUAAAAUGCUUUGUGACAAGAUGUAAAAAAUUGCAGGGAGAGAAUUACACUGUUUUACAAAGAAAAUUUCAUAUAUAAACAUCAAAAAGCACUUUAAGACUGACCCUCAACAUUGAUCUUUACCAAUACAAAAAAAAAAAAAAAAAA